AUGUCCCGCCAGUAUCUUGAGGCUCUCAAUAGCACGCAAGUGCUCAGCGUGCUCGACGACUCUGUUGAGUACACCGUACACUCCCUCGUCCCGCCACUCGUUAUGGAAAGUGUCCUAUUCGGUAUUAUCACGAUCGCUGCCGUGUUGGGCUUGUAUACUUUAUGGGACGCUAGCAGAGCUGGGCGAAUCCCUUUCCCCCGUGUCAUCGGCUUCGGACUCCUCGCAACCUAUGCCAUCUUCGUGAUUCACUGGGCCUUAGAGCAGACAUCCGCGUACAAUGCUCAAGCGGAACAAGCUUUGGGAUUGCUCGACCUCCUCAACAAACAUACGCCGACGAACACGACCGAAUGGACCCAUACGUUCGCCCGAGUGACCGGCACAGCGCGCAACCUACCUCCACUCGUCACCGAAAGCGCACUCUUCGGAACUGCUACCAUCAUGUUUGUCGGUACGCUCUGCGCUGCCUGGACUCACGCCGGCUGGUCACACACACAAAGCUCUCUCAUCCUUGGUGCCGUAUGCUUGAUGUAUACUCUCUCUACCGCGCACUGGGGCGUCAAUCUUGGCGUCUUCAGCCGCAGUCAGUCUGAUGAGAGUCAGGCCAACUUCGCCCUCCUCGGGCUCCUCUCCGCCAACAUCUGGUUCAGCGACACGAUCGUACUUUGGCGAAUGUGCAUAGUUUGGGAGAAACGUCGCACAGUGCUGAUCCUGUCCGCAGCAUUGCUAUGCUCGACGACAAUCCUCUCGGCUGUGAAUCUUGCGCAAGUCAUUCAGAUCACGCACAACAUAUCGACCGAUCCCAGCAGUAGCUUAAGUCAAGAGCUCACGAGAGACCCCCAGAAGGAACUCAUGUUUGGGUACCACCGUAUCGGGAUAGUCACAGUACUCAUCUCGUCGCUCGUUUCGAAUGUCACUGCGACGUCCAUGAUCGCGUACAAGACCUGGAGACAUCGCCGACGCGUUCUCGCUUAUAUGCACAAUGGAUCAAAUCGCACUCGCGUCGAACGCAUCCUCGCACUGAUGGUUGAGUCCGGCGCUCUCUACGCCGUGAUCUGCACAACGCACAUCAUCUGCGCACUUCUUCCCCUCUCAAGCUACGACCCUCUUGACGCAAUCGUUCGCACCGGCGCUCUCCCUUCGCUCAAAGCGGUCGACCACUUUGACGCCGCGAUGCCCCAACUGAUGUCCAUAUAUCCCAUGAUGAUCAUCACACUCGUAGCGCUUGAUAGGGCCCAUGUUGCACGGCACGCGAAGAGCUCCAGCUCAGGAUCAGGGUCGGGUCGCCCCGUACCCCUCAGUGUGGUCAUCGACGUCGAGAGGAACACGCGCGGUUAUACGGAGGAAGUGCGGCUGGAUCGCACUGUAUCGCGUAGCACAUCAGAUCGUAAGACGCCCACAGUCGGCCAAGGAGAUGUCGAGGGCGAGGAGUUCGAGUUGUCACAGGGCACAUCGCGGAAGAGUGAGGGAGUAGUGUAA